AUGGACUUUAAGUCAGGCAAAGCCAGCAAGUUAGCAGCUUUUGGAGCAACACCUAACUGUACUACUCCAUUUGGUCCUGUUUUCUGCUGUGACCAAAUUGAGACUGUACCUUCUCCACUGUCUAGCACAAUGUCUGGCAUAGAGUUGGUUUUCAACACAUACUCCAAUGAAGACUAUGACAGGAGAAAUGAUGAAGUUGACCCUGUGGCUGCUUCAGCCGAGUAUGAACUUGAAAAGCGUGUAGAAAAGCUGGAACUUUUCCCAGUGGAACUAGAGAAAGACGAGGAUGGUCUUGGUAUAAGUAUUAUUGGAAUGGGUGUUGGAGCAGAUGCUGGACUUGAAAAGCUGGGAAUAUUUGUCAAGACAGUAACAGAAGGUGGUGCUGCUCAGCGGGAUGGCAG